GACGGACUACUUUUCUCCGGGGUUUGCUUGACUCCUAAGCAAGGGCAUUAUAUGGUCCUUGAGAGGACAGGGCGCUAGGAGUGCUGGGUGUCGCAAGUGGACGAUCCCCAUUAAACUCGGAAUCUCUUAACCCGGAAAUUCACGACCACACAAACGAGGGGGACGCAGAGAGAGAAGAUUGCAUUAGCAGGCCAUGGAAAUGGCAAAUCACCAAAAGGACAAGGAGGAGGAGAAGGGCAGAGGAGGCAGCAGCAGCAAGGUGGGGCCAAUGGCGAUGGAGGACGAGGAGAAGGUGGGCUCCACCUUGACCAUGGAGAGGGUCGCCGCUGCCAAGCAAUUCAUCGAGAGCCACUACAAGGCCCAAAUGAAACACAUCCAAGAUCGCAAGGAACGGCGGUCGGAACUGGAGAAGCAGCUUGCGGCUCUGCAUGUAUCGGAGGAGGAGCAGAUGAAUCUGCUUAAGGAUCUUGAGCGGACAGAGACCGAGUACAUGAGACUCAAGAGGCACAAGAUAUGCGUUGACGACUUCCAUCUACUGACAAUCAUCGGGAGAGGGGCCUUUGGAGAGGUCAGGCUCUGCCGUGAGAAGAAAUCGGGCAAUAUUUACGCGAUGAAGAAGCUGAAGAAGUCAGAAAUGCUGAGCCGAGGGCAGGUUCAACAUGUAAGAGCCGAACGGAAUUUGCUCGCUGAAGUCGCGAGCCACUUCAUAGUGAAGCUCUUCUAUUCAUUCCAAGACGCCGAGUAUCUCUACCUGAUCAUGGAAUACUUGCCCGGGGGUGAUAUGAUGACUCUGCUGAUGCGAGAGGAGACCCUCACUGAAACCGUCGCAAGAUUCUACAUUGCGCAGAGCGUUCUCGCCAUUGAAUCCAUUCACAAACACAAUUACAUCCACAGGGACAUAAAACCGGACAAUCUUUUGUUGGACAAAAACGGUCACAUGAAGCUAUCAGACUUUGGUCUGUGCAAGCCCCUGGACUGUUCGAUUUUACCUGCAAUACAUGAAAAUGAGGCUCUGCCGCCACAAUCCGAUGAUCAGAAGUCAGACGAGCGCAUCAGCAAAGAUGGAUCCUUGCCCGAGAACAAUGGUCACUGGAAAAGUUCCCAUGAACAGCUCCAACAUUGGCAGAUAAAUCGGAGAAAACUGGCUUUCUCUACUGUUGGCACUCCGGACUACAUUGCUCCUGAAGUACUGCUCAAGAAAGGAUAUGGCAUGGAGUGCGACUGGUGGUCACUUGGUGCUAUUAUGUAUGAGAUGCUUUUGGGCUAUCCUCCAUUUUUCUCAGACGACCCGAUAAUGACAUGCCGAAAGAUUGUGCAUUGGAAAAAUCACUUGAAAUUCCCUGAAGACUCGAGGUUGUCACCUGAAGCAAAGGACCUGAUCUGCGGGCUUCUUUGCAACGUUCAAAACAGGCUUGGUACUCAUGGGGUUGAUGAAAUUAAGGCUCAUCCCUGGUUCAAAGAUGUUGAAUGGGACAAGCUUUAUGAGAUGGAUGCUGCUUUUAAGCCACAGGUUGACGGGGAACUCGAUACCCAGAACUUCACGAAAUUUGAUGAGGUUGAUCUUCCAGCAUCUUCUCGGACAGGAUCUGGACCUUCGAGGAAGAUACUUUUGACCCCUGAGGAUAUCAGUUUCGUUGGCUAUACAUACAAGAAUUUCGAAGCUGUCAAAAAGUCGCACAAUCGACCAGAUAAGAAAACCAACCCAUCAUCGAUCAAGUUGGCAACCAAUAGUUCAUCUCCCAGUACAGAGUGACCAAGGAACUGGCUGCCCUGCUAAUACAAAGACGCUAAAAAUGGCACAAAACGAUCUUCUGUGUCGUCCUGACGGGUACUUCUAUGUGUUGAAUAGAUCGUCAAGUAUCAUCUGGAGAACUGGAAACACUAUUCCACGAGGACGACUCACCUUCAUUUUAGCGAGUACUCUGAUAUAGGUCGGCUUGACUACACAUAACACUUUUGCAGCACUUACAUUUAAUGUACAGAAGAAUCAAUUUUGAGAAAUGCUUCAAUGCAUGAUAACAUAUACUAUGCCUC